AUGGAUCAGAGCAACGCAAGUGCUCCAAAGACCUUCAUUCUCUUGGGUUUCUCCAACCAACCCUGGCUGGAAAUGCCCCUCUUCGUAGCGGUGCUUGUUGCUUAUGUCUGCACACUGGUUGGCAACAUGUCAAUUAUUGUGGUAUCCAGGGUAGACCCUCUUCUUGACAGCCCUAUGUACUUCUUCCUUUCCAACCUCUCCUUCCUAGACCUUUGUUUUACCACAACCACCAUCCCUCAGCUGCUGCUGAACCUCUGGGGCCCAGACAAGUCUAUAAGCUAUGGUGGCUGUGUGACCCAGUUUUAUAUGUUUCACUUUUUGGGAGCCACUGAAUGCAUCCUCUUAGCUGUGAUGUCCUUGGAUCGUUACAUUGCCAUCUGCAAGCCCCUGAGGUAUGCGGCUAUCAUGCAUCAGCGACACUGUAUCCUCCUAGUGUCCAUGGCAUGGCUAAGUGGUUUGUCUAAUUCCUUGCUUCUGUCGUCCCUCACCAUCCAGCUGCCACUUUGUGGUAACAACCAGGUAGAUGACUUUCUGUGUGAGGUUCCAGUGAUGAUCAAGAUGUCAUGUGUUGACACCACAUUCAAUGUAGCUAUGCUCUCCAUUGUGGCUUCGUUCUAUGUCUUGGUUCUCUUGUCAUUUAUCCUUGUCUCCUAUGGGUUCAUUGUAGCUACUGUGCUUGGGAUUCAGUCCUCAGAUGGAAAGAAGAAGGCCUUUAACACAUGCAGUUCUCAUGUUAUUGUUGUGUCUCUCUUCUAUGGGCCAGUAAUUAGCAUGUAUGUUCAGCCCUCUGCCACUAGCACCCAGGAGAAAAACAAACUCAUGUCCUUGUUUUACAGUUUGGUGACUCCUAUGCUUAACCCUUUUAUCUACACAUUGAGGAACAAAGACAUGAAAGGGGCAAUAAGGAGGCUUCUUGUCUCAUUGUACCACUGGGGAAGAGAACAAACCUAA